UCGUCUCUCUCUAUUUUUUAUAGUUGUUUUGUGUUGUUAAUUUUGAAGUAAAAAUUUUCCAAAAAUGAGUGAACUGGAACAGUUGAGGCAGGAAGCCGAACAACUACGGAAUCAGAUCCAGGAUGCCAGGAAAGCAUGCAAUGAUACAACACUUGUUCAGAUCACAUCAAAUAUGGAUUCCGUGGGUCGGAUACAAAUGCGAACAAGACGUACGCUGAGGGGGCACCUCGCUAAAAUCUAUGCCAUGCAUUGGGGCUAUGACUCAAGGCUACUGGUCAGUGCUUCCCAGGAUGGAAAACUAAUUAUUUGGGAUAGCUAUACAACAAAUAAGAUGCAUGCCAUUCCUUUGAGGUCCUCCUGGGUGAUGACCUGUGCUUACGCCCCCUCUGGUAAUUACGUGGCUUGUGGAGGACUGGACAACAUCUGCUCUAUAUAUAACUUAAAGACCAGAGAGGGAAAUGUGAGAGUGAGCCGAGAGUUACCGGGUCACAUAGGUGAGCUCCACGUUAUAGACAUUCGAGAGGAGUAUGUCUCUCAGUUUUUUCCAAAUGGCUAUGCCUUUGCCACCGGCUCCGAUGAUGCCACUUGCCGUCUCUUUGACCUUCGUGCAGACCAAGAGUUAUUAUUGUAUUCUCAUGAUAAUAUUAUCUGUGGGAUCACUUCCGUAGCCUUCUCAAAAAGUGGGCGUCUCCUGUUAGCUGGUUAUGACGACUUCAAUUGUAACGUGUGGGACACACUAAAAGGAGAUCGUGCAGGUGUCCUUGCUGGUCAUGACAACCGGGUCAGCUGUCUGGGUGUAACUGACGAUGGCAUGGCUGUGGCAACAGGCUCUUGGGACAGUUUUCUUAGAAUCUGGAAUUAACAGUGCAUACAAUUUUGCUGUUCUCUGUUGGUAUCUGGAGAAAUCAGUGCUACAGCCUAUAGCUGUGACAAAAAAAUUCUAAUAUUUGCUGUUGAAAAUUUUUCUAUUGAGAUUACUACACACAAAAGGAAGAUUUCAGUAAACUACAAAACAGAAAAGGAUAAAAAAAACAAGGCAAAGGUGCUUGCUGAGAUCAAAAGGACCAGUGCAUUGAGCUCAUUUAACCUCGAAGUUUUACUUUCACCAAUUGUUUUCUUUGUGUAGAACAAAAUGUACACAUUAUAGCAACCUAUCAUGUUUGAUUGCUUUCAUUUAUGAACUUCAUUUUAAACUUGUAUACACCAGAUAUGUCACAUUUUUUAUUUCUGUAAUGGAGGCAACAGGCACAGUAAUGGAUGGAGGUAAUGCCAUGUGUCUGUCCUUAGGUUUGAAGAGUCUCCUUGAGUUCUGACCUCCCUUUUUGAUCUAACAGAUCCUGGUGGCUUACUGUAUUAAGAAUGCUGACAGGUAGGUGCCUGAGGAGAGCCCUUUUGAGUAUCAUUGGUUUCUUGGUGCAUCCUUUGCCUUCCUAUCAAUUUAAAUAAGUGCUCAUUUUCAGUCCUUUGAGGGGAAGAUAAUCUGAAGGGUAGGGGAUAGAGAUUUCACUCUGAAACUUUAGACAUAUGUAAGAAACUUUAUUAAUAGGAAGACAGCAAUAAUCUCAUAUAAAUGAUUCUUGGCAUUUUAAAAAGCAGAUUAUGAUCAAAUAACACUCCGCAUGAGUAAUCCUCUAAAUAGUUGGUUUCAUAUUCUAGAAUUGAGUUUGUAUACUCAUUAUUCCAGGACAUGGAUGAACACUUGGAUUGUCCUUGCGCCUGAAGAACUUUUCCUAGUGUUCUAUCAGUAUGCAUCUAGAUCUAAGGAAAUAGGACAGUAUUGUUUUUGAAAAGUGUAAAAUCUAACCAGUCACGAGAUCUGAGUAGUUAUAGUUGUGACAGGGUGGCUUCAUGAAUUUAUGUUCACACAUAUGAAAUCUGAAUUGAUGUAAACUGUCAAAUUUUAAAAAGGAAACAUUAAAGCUCUGCUCUUCUGUAACAUUUUCCUUCACACAAAAUAUUGGUUUCUAAGUGGCGUGGCUCUGCUUUGAAGAAUGGCUAGGUCCAAGUGGCUCCAUUUUAAAGCCAAAAGGAAAAUUCCAAGAGUAAGUACUUAAAGGAGAGGAAAAUACUAAGCAAUUCAUUCCUCUGCUUGUCAAUGGUAUAAUAAAAUGUUGUCUAUUACUAGAAUGAGCCCUCCUGGAUUUAAACAAAGAUACUCUCCCCCUUGGAUUUUCUCCUACAAAUAAAUCUAAAUGACUGACA